UCCGGGGGGACAAUUAUUGUGAACACAUACAUCCGAGCGCAUUUACAGGGUUUGUUUUUAAAAGAAACCGAGACCGUAAUUCAGCCUUUUUAACGAAAUAUCGUUCCUUUACAAGUGGACUUUAAUAUUUGUACAUAGUAUCACAGUACAGGUUUGUUUCGACGGACUGGUGCGUUCAACGUCACGUUUGCAAUUGUUUGGUAUCAUAUCGCAACCCACCAGAGACUUGUAACGUUACGGUGCCAUGGCUUUAACCGUGGAUUUCCGAAAUCAAGUUGAUCAGUCAUGCAGAUACUCGGAAGAAUUCGUCAAUAUUUAUUAUGACUGUAUGGAUAAGAAAAGAAGGCAUUUGACGAGGUUGUAUCUGGACAAAGCAACAAUGGUGUGGAAUGGCAAUGCUGUCACAGGACAAGAUGCUCUCAGUGAUUUCUUUGAUUCCCUCCCCACCAGUGAAUUUCUGGUGCAAACUCUUGACUGCCAGCCUGUUCAUGAACUUGCAACUCAAGGCCAAACCACAUUGUUGGUGGUUACAGCUGGCUCUGUUAAGUUUGAUGGGAACAAACAGAGAUACUUCAACCAAAACUUCUUAUUGACUGCUCAAGCGUCCCCUAACAGUGACCAGCCAGUGUGGAAGAUCGCAAGUGACUGUUUCCGUUUUCAAGACUGGGCAAACUGAUUUCUAGUUUUAAAUCUUUUGUAUAGCUUUUUCUUUCAGAAACAUAGCAAUUUGUGUAUGCGCAAUGAAUAAACAAUGUUGACAAUG